CAUUUUCUCUUUCUUUCUCUCACAACCACCACUUCUCAAUGUCGUCUUCCACCACAACAACCAUCGUCCACGGCGAGCCUGAACGACGAACUUACUGGUGUCAUGAAUGCGAUAUGAGUUUAUCCCUCCUCUCCUCCUCCGAUUCCGAUUCCGAUUCCUCUCCUCUGUUAUGUCCCCAAUGCCGUAUCGAUUUCCUCGAACGUAUGGAUCACGAUUCUUCUUCUUCUAAUCUAUUUGACGUCACCAUCGGUGAUUUCGAAGAAGAAGAUGGAGACAACGAUGACGAAGAUGAUGAAGAAGAUUGGUGUUUCGUUGAUCCAGCGGUUAAUUCCGAUGAUAAUUUCCUCCUCGAUAGUCCUUACCUUCACCGUCUUCUUCGUCAUCUCGCUUCCGAUAAUUCAGGAUCGUCUUCUUCUUCCUCCUCUUCAUCUUCUUCUUCGUUAUUGAAAUCUUCAGAUAUCGAUUCGAUUCCCACGAUUCAGAUCUCGUCUUCUAUGCUCUGUUCCACCGAUGAUUCAGAUCCAGAUUCCGUUUUACUCUGCGCCGUUUGCAAAGAGGAUUUCGUCGUCGGAGAAUCUGCUCGGAGAUUACCUUGUAGCCAUAUAUACCACUCCGAUUGCAUCGUUCCUUGGCUCUCGGAUCAUAACUCGUGUCCGCUUUGCCGAUUUGAGCUCCCUACGACGGCGAAGGUGGGAAUUGGUGGUUCGGAGUCUGAGAUGAGAAUCCGAUUAUCGGAUCUGGCUACGAUUGCUGCCGACGGAGAUGAUGUGGAAGAUGAUUGGCUUGGAAUAAGAAACGCGUUGAGAAGACUGGCUCGUCGUCAUGAGCAGAUGAGAUUGGGAGUGGGAGAGAUGGAGAGGAAUUUGGCUCGGACUGUUUCAGGUCUUGGAAUUGGUUUGAGGAGAGGAGAGAUUGAAUCAGAGAGAAGAAGCAACGCCACAACGACGCCAUUGUAAGAGCGCUUCAAGCAAAGAUUUCGAAAUUCAAAUAAGCGUAUGUGUGUGAG